AUGGACGGCGUUAAUAUUGAUGAUAGCAAUCAAGUGUCUCACAACGAGGAUGAUAAUGUCGAAACAAGUGUGGAAAUUUGCCGGGUUUGUCUCCUCAGCAAUCACUUGAUGAGAGAUUUAUUCAUUGAGAAUGAUGUUGUAUCAUUAUCAACUAAAGCCAUGAGCUUCGCUAACGUUAAGAUACAUCCAGAUGAUGGUCUACCAACUCACGUAUGCUGUGAUUGUGCAGAAAAAUUAGAAUCAGCAUAUGAAUUUAAAUUACAAGUUGAACAAGCGGACAGCUUGCUUCGAGAAAAAUAUGACAGCUUGAAUAUAAAGGAAGAGUUAUUUUUUAAUGAAGUUGAGGUACGUUUAGAGAAUGAAAGACAUGAUGAUGUCACAGGUAUGGUUGACGAGCAUUAUGAUGUUACAAACACCGUAUCUGAUGAUAAAUCGUCAUUAUUAAAAGAUCAUUUGGCAUUAUUACAAGUCGAAAAACUCACCCAUCAGCACGAGCAAUAUUUAGAGGAUGAAGUUAUGAAAGAUCAAAUAAUGCAAUCCGACGAGCAAUAUAUCGAAGACGAACAUACUGAUGAGCAAAUGAUCACCGAAGCUAUUGAAUCAUCGGCGAAUGACAAUAUCAAGUCUACAGCAAUAAUGCACGACCAAGAUACCAUUACUGUUGGGGAGCAUAAUUAUAUAGUUCAACAUCCGGAUUACACAUUAUCUAGUGAUCAAGAUCAUGAUUUAAUAAAUGCCGACAAUGUUAAUGAACACGACGCGAAUGAAUAUUUAUCAAUGAUUGGCGAUGAAGAGAGAUUACUCAAAGAAACUGAAACCCAUUUAGAGAAUGUUAUUGAUGACAAUAAAAAUAAUGGAUAUAUUAACGACAACGAACACGUUGAUGAUGAUGAUAUUGACGAUAAUAAUGAGUUGAAUCAAAUUGAUGAUGGAAUUGAAAUGCAAGAAAAUGAGUGCAAUAAAAUUUCAACGUGUACUGAUGAAAUUGAUUCUUCAGACCAAGUAUUAGAUGACGAAAAUUAUUUUGAAAAUCUUGAUCUGAGCAGUAGGUUAUCACAAACUUCGUCAAUUAAUAAACUUGACAAAAAAAUUUUUUUUAUGUGUCACAUUUGUGACGAAGAAUUUUUGUCCAAGGACUUAUUAAAGGAGCAUUUACAUUCACAUGAAGAAGUUAAACAGAGAUUGUCGAUGAAAAAAACACCGGAAAAAGUUACGCAGAAAAAUGUUUCACCUAUAAAAUCACAACCACCAUCUGGUAAAAAGCCAAAUAAAUGUCCAUAUUGCGGUAAAGAAUAUUUGUACGUUAUUUCAUUUAAAAAACAUAUUAAGCAGCAUCAGAAAAAUGAUGAUGAGUUAAAAGAAGAAAAUAAUGACUCAAUAUACCAGGAUGAUAACUCUGCAGAUUCUAAUAAUUUUGAUAAUAACGACACUUUCGAAGUUAUUGCUGACGAUAAACAAAAUAUGGAAGAGUACAAUGAUAAUGAAAAUUAUAAUGAACUUUCAAAUCAUCAUGACUAUCAAAUUGAUAAACAAAAGUGUAACAUUUGUGGAUUGGAAUUUGAUUCACUUGAUAAAUUAAAAAAUCAUCGUUCGACUCAUGUUAUUGAAGGUGUUAUAUCAGAACAGGAUUUGAAAGAUGAACUUUCCAGUAUGUGUCAAAAAGAGUAUGAUCAAGAGAGAAUACUGGAUAAUAAUAUAUUGAUGGAAUCGAAAAAAGAAGGUAAUGAACUUAAGUGCCCUACUUGCUUUUUAUUAUUCAGCAGUAAAAAAUUAUUAUCAAAACAUUUGGAGACACAUGAGGGCAUCAGGUAUCGUUGUAAAAUAUGUGGUGACGAAUUUACUCAGAAAGACGAUCUUCGUAAGCACGCUGAGCAGCAUUUAGAAGUAAAAACAUUUCAAUGUGUACAGUGUAACAAGAUAUUUGUUAAUGAAUUGACGCUAAGAAAUCAUUUAAUAGCAACUAAUCACAAGACAACAGUCCACGGUGAAGAGUAUGAUCCAAAUAAGAGAAUUAAAAGAGUAGCAGCGCGCGCGGCACAAAAAAUAAUUGAUAAAAUUAGUACUGAGGAUAAUCUUGAUGAUUCGGAGAGAGACGACGACGACGACGACGAUGAUGACAACGAUGAUUUUGUUGUGAAGACUGAACUUACUUUAGGUCUCAAGGCCGCCGAUAAAUUGCAGUCUAAAAAACAGAGUAGUAAAAAUAAAAAUCUUGAAUGUGAAACGUGCGGCAAGAGAUGUAUUUCUAAACAAGCUUUGGCUAAACACAUGGAUUAUCAUAUGAGAACUUUGAAAACUGAUUCCACAGAAUUAAAAAAUAAAAAAAGCAAUGAAGUUAAAGAUAUUACGCGGAGCGUUCCUGGAUUCUCUGAUAAUAUUGAUGAUGACGAUGAUGAUGAUACCGAUUUCGAUGGCGGAUUAGACUGGCCAAUGGACAAUCAUGAAUGCUCAACCUGUAAAAAACGGUAUAGUACGAAAAAAUCAUUAUUAAGACACCAACUUUUGCACGAAGAACCCAAUUUUGAGUGUGAUAUUUGUAAUGUUAAAUUUUACCGUAAAGAUAAGUUGAAAGCUCAUUAUGAUAAAUGUUCUGAAAAAAAUCCAAAUCAAGUGAGAAAGUGUAAUAUUUGUGGUGAUACUUUUGAGAAUAAUGAAAUACUGCGUGAACAUAGAUCAAAACAUGUUGACGAGGGAAUAUUAACCGAGGAAGACUUGAAAGAUUUGGAGCCAGGUUCUGAAGAUAGGAAGGGUGAAAAAAUAGCCCGAAAAAGACGUACUGAUAUUGUUGGUCUAGAGUGUACUGAAUGCAAUAAACAGUAUACCUCACGUAAAGGUCUUUUGAGACACAUACAAGUUCACGAAGGUAAAAAAUAUCUUUGUGAUAUAUGUCCAAAGAAAUUUUAUCGUCGUGAGCAUUUAAAGAUUCACGUUGCUAAACAUAAUAUGAUAAAACCACACAAGUGUACACGUUGCUCGAAACGUUUUAUGAAAGAGGAGCAGCUUAAUGCACAUUUGACUAAACACGAGAGAACUUUUAAGAAAAAUAAAGAGCCAGAUAGUACAUCAAAAAGAUUCCUUUGUGAAAUUUGUUCGAAAAGUUUUACUCAGUCGACAACUUUGGUCGCUCAUUUGCGUGCUCACAAUGGUAUUAAACCUUAUGUGUGUGAAGUCUGUGCAAGACCGUUUACUACUAAUGCGUAUUUAAAAAUGCACAUGAGAACCCAUACUCAAGAACGGCCGUACACGUGUCAAUUUUGUUCGCGUGCUUUUGCAAGAGCUGACACGCUGGCUAAUCAUCUGACUUCUCAUACUGGCGAGGCUAAAUAUCAUUGCAAAUUUUGUCCGAAAAAUUUCCGUCGACUCAAAUCUCUAAAAGAACAUGUGUUUAUUCAUACAGGACAACGGCCGUAUGCAUGCCCGACAUGCGACCGGAGAUUUAACAACAAUGGAAGUCGAUAUGCUCACAGUAAAAGAUGUAAACAAAAUAUGCUGCAAAAUCAAGCUAGACAAAGUCAAGCGCAGACUUCACAGUCACCUCCAGGUCCACCACCGGUCCAAAUAGCACCAGCACCACUACCGCCACCACCGACACCACAAGCUGCUACUAUUAGGCUAGCGCAUCCAGUUACUCAGACAAUGCAAGUUGUACAAUCGAAAAACGUUAAAACAAUAACUAUUGCAAGACCUGACCAAGUUGGUACUCAUCAAAUUUUGCAACACCAAGAAAUACUAAUGCCACUUAUUUUACCUCUUACUGUUACACUUACUGAUUGCGACGAAGAAGUUAUAUUACCAGAGGGCACCAAGAUAUUUACUACUACGUAG